AUGGAAAACGCAUCCCUAUUAUCAUUGCUACAAAACACCACUCGUAGCAGAAAACCCUCCAAGACAGGAGGAGGGAUCUUUCGUAUGUUCAAGCUUCUUCCCAUGUUGACCUCCGGUUGCAAGAUGGUGGCACUGCUAGGGAAGCCACGGAAACUACUAACAGAUAACGCCACCACUGGGACGUUAUUUGGCUACAGGAGAGGGCGAGUCAGUUUGGCCAUUCAAGAGGAUCCACAUCGCCUCCCAGUGUUUGUCAUUGAGCUCCCAAUGCACUCGGUUGCAUUCCAGAAGGAAAUGGCGUCAGAUAUGGUGAGGUUAUCUCUAGAAAGUGAGACAACAAGUCGCAAGAAGAAGGUGUUGGAGGAGUUUGUGUGGGCGGUUUAUUGUAACGGGAGGAAAUAUGGAUAUUCAAUAAGGAGGACACAGAUGACGGAUGAUGAGCUCCAUGUUAUGCAAUCCUUAAGGGGUGUAUCCAUGGGUGCUGGAGUUCUUCCAGGCUUAUCGGAAAAAGAUUAUGCGGUUGAUGGAGAGUUGACGUAUAUGAGGGCAAGGUUUGAAAGAGUGGCUGGAAGCAAGGAUUCUGAAGCUUUUCAUAUGAUUAAUCCUGAUGGUGCUGACGAUGGCCAGGAAUUAAGCAUUUUCUUUGUAAGAGUACACUGA